AUGCCAUCCGCCAUUUAUCAAUCCCCCUCGCCAUCUGACGCACCGCGUUCAGUUACUACAGAAGCCCAAAGGGAUGUAGAAAACACUGUACUCUCCCAGAAUCUCGAAACUCUCACAAACAUUGAUACCAUCAGAGAAAGCCUCAGGCUUCUCGAUGAAGAAGAAACACGCAUCGAUGCAGCACUAGAUGCAAUGCUUUCAAAAGAAACAGAACUUCUUGAUGUUCUUGGCACUCUUGAUGGACUUCGUCCCCAAUUGUCUACACUUCAAUCUAAUUCUUCAACAAUUCUCGAAACUAUUCAAAGAACAUCUGUUUUAGCAGAGAAAAUCAGUGAUAAAGUGAGACAGCUGGAUCAAGAACAGUCAAGAGCAAAAGAAGCGAUAAAAUAUGUCGAGGACGUACAAGAAUUAAAGUAUUGUGUGGCUGGAGUUCAAGAAGCCAUCCGUCGGAAAGAUUAUGACGAGGCAGCUGGAUUGCUUCAACGUGCCUCACGUAUUGACAAAGCCAUACUAGAAGGGUCUCUGGCAGAAUUCACAGUACCAAACUCUGAAAAUCCUGAUCACCCAGCCAAAACUCUCGCAGAUGCCAAAGCCAGUCUAUUCAAAAUAUUCUCUCAAAGAUUUGAUGAUGCUGUGGCUCAACGAAACGAAGCCGAUAUUACGCGCUAUUUUAAGCUGUUCCCUCUAAUUCACUGUCAAACCGAAGGACUCGACAAAUAUUCACGCUUUGUUUGCAAUAUUAUCAAAGCACGCUGUGCAGAGGAACUUCGAAUUGGUGAAACGGCCGCACCAAUUUAUUUUGCAGAUGCCAUGACAAGAUUAUUUGAGAAUAUUGCGGUCUUAAUAGAUCAACACCAACCGUUUGUUGAGAAGCAUUACGGAAGUGGAAAAAUGCUUAGAGUACUUCAACGACUCCAGGAAGAAGCAGAUAUACAGAGUGGAAAUAUCCUCGAUCGUCUGCUACAAACACGCAAGUUAGAAUCAAAGUUAGUAGAGAUCCAAAGCAUUUCUAUUACAAAAAUGCGUUUAAACAAUGUAAACCGAUCAGCAAAUACACUGGCUACACAAUCUCCUAUGAUGAGUGAUACCACGCAAUCGCUUGUCGAUCCUCGGCAACUGGAUAUAAGCCUGCUUGAGCUAUCCCUUAUCAGUCAGCGCAGUGCCCUGUUUCAUAGUUUCAUUCAUGAAAGAGCAACUGAAGAGAUGGAAACCAUGGCAGAUGAUGAAAAACAACAGGAUAUUAUAAUGAAUGGAAAAGAUAAGCGGUUUUAUGGAGAUAAUGGUCUUCUGCUGUCUUCUGGGUUGACUAAACGCGUUAAAGAGUUGAUGAACAUCUAUCUUGUGAUUGAUGAGUAUUUAUUAAAGGGGAACAUUGAAAAGGCCAUGCAACUCGAUGAUUAUGAUCCGGCUGUUGGUCCUACAUCAACAUGUGUAGACGACGUAUUUUUUAUUCUUAAAAAAGUAUUAAAACGUAGUAUCACUACGAGUGAGCCAGAGGUUGUUAGCGCAACUAUGCGCGUUGUUCUUAAAACACUUGACACUGGAUACAUCCAAGUACUUCAAAGAAAGAUGGCUACAACAUUCUCUGGUCAUGAAUCUGGAAGUCGCAAUGCAGAAAAACUGCUCGAACAAGCCAAGAUAACAUACAUGGUUGUCCUCAACAACAUGAAUGUCAGUGCCGACUACACCUUGAGAUUAGUAGAAGAGCUAAGAACUGAGACAAAGGCAGUCAUAUGGAAAAAUACAAAAGAAGACAUGGAAAAUGUUGAAAAAGCGUUGGAAGAUCUCGGGUCUAUCACAGAUAAGUUUCAAAGACUUUUGAAGGGUGGCAUGGAGCAACUUAUGAUACAGAUCCUCAAACCUAGAGUACGACCUUUAUUCCAGGAAGCUUACCGUGAGGUCAAGUAUGUGUUGGAAGAAGAAGAGUACAACGAGGCAGAUUCAGAAGAUAUGUUUUUCAAGCGAUUCCGUUAUGGGUUUGAUAAUCUUAUCAAGCUCUACCGCAAUACCUUGACCACUGCCAACUUCUCUACAUUGGCUGGAUUAGUUUUGGACGCAACUACCCUUCAAUGGGAAAGAAUUGUUUCUCAAACUCGGUUCAAUCAAUAUGGUGCAUUGCGUUUUGAUAAAGAUUUAAGAUCUGUAAUUCAAUAUUUCACAUCUAUGAUUGAGUGGCUUUCACGAGAUCGCUUUACAAGACUGAAUCAGAUGUCUACUCUACUAAACUUUGAAGAGCCCACUGAAAUAUACGAAUACUGGGGGUCCAAAGCUGGACCGGUCAGUUGGCGUCUUACUGUUACUGAAGUGAAACAGAUUCUAGCCCUCAGAUUGGAUUUUGACUCUGAAGAAAUCGACGGACUUUCUCUCUAACGUUUAAUACUAUUAAAAAGGAAUAAUAUAAACAUUGCAAAAUUCACCUUAGGGAAACUAAAAAAAAAGAUAUAUAUUUUGCACUAUGGAAUACAAGUAACAAUUUUUCAU